AUGGAUGCUCCCGCCUUAACCAAACGUUUACACUCACAUCGUAUCUGGGCGAAUCACAAACUCGUGGCCGCGGCCGAGCAGCUUGAUGACGCGCAACUGCGGCGGGAAUUACCCAUCGGGCAGGGCAGUGUGUGGAAGUCGCUGUUGCAUAUGUAUGCUGCCGAGUAUGUGUGGCUGGAAACCUUGCUGGGCGAUCCUUCGUCCACUUGCCCCGGCGAUGUACCGGGCAAGCUGCCGGGCAAUCAAGCGGGCGAUGGCGGAAUUAAAACGCUUGGCGAGCUGAAGCAGAAAUGGGCCGAACUCGAUACCCGCUGGCUGGCUCAUCUCGAUACACUCACUCCCCAGGCACUGGACGAAACGUUCUAUCGUGUGAGCACCAGUUCCAACGGCGGCAAGAGACGGGCCACCCGGCAGAGCGACAUCCUGCUGCACGUCUGCACACAUGCCCAUUACACCACGGCUCAGGUCAUUAAUAUGCUGAGGCAAUUGGGCGCUGCCGAGUUGCCCGACCCGAUGCUGAUCACGCUGGCCCGAUGUACACCGCUUCACCAGCAGUCCCUGCCAGGGAAGAGAGUUACUUCGACGAUGCAUCGAGUCGCCGUACAUUUCCAUCUAUGGCUGAGUGCCAUUUGUCUACUCAGCUUGUGGCCCGCGGGUGUUGAAGCCGAGGAGAUCGACUUCCGCCGCGACAUUCGACCGUUGUUGUCGAACACAUGCUUUGAAUGUCACGGCCCCGACGAAGGCAACCGCGAAGCUGAGUUGCGGCUCGACCUGCAAGACGAUGCGUUUGCCGAUCGAGGUGGCUAUGCCGCAUUUGUUGCUGGAGAUGUCGAAGCCAGCGAAGCCUUGCGGCGAAUCACCAGCGAAGACGAGUUCGAGCGGAUGCCCCCACCCGAGGCGGCCCGACAACUUACUGCCGAGCAGAUCGAACUGAUCCGCAAGUGGAUCGAACAGGGGGCCGACUGGGCCGAGCAUUGGGCAUUCGUCCCACCGCAGCGUCCGCCGGUGCCGAAAGUUCAAAACGCCGACUGGGUUCGCAACCCGAUUGAUGCGUUUGUGCUCGCGCGACUCGAAGCCGAGGGUUUGCAGCCCUCGCCCGAGGCCGAUCGGGUGACGCUCAUCCGCCGUUUGUGCCUCGACCUGUUGGGGCUUCCGCCGACGAUCGCCGAGGUCGAUGUGUUUCUCGCCGAUCAGAGUGACGAUGCGUAUGAGCUUUUGGUCCGCCGGUUGUUGUCUUCGCCGCACUACGGCGAACGCUGGGGCCGGCACUGGCUCGAUGCGGCCCGUUAUGCCGACUCCGACGGUUAUGAAAAAGACAAAGCACGUUUCGUGUGGUUCUAUCGCGAUUGGGUGGUCUCGGCCCUGAACCGCGACCUGCCGUACGACCAGUUCAUCAUCGAACAGAUCGCCGGCGACUUACUGCCGGGGGCCACACAAGAUCAACGGGUGGCGACCGGCUUCCUGCGAAACUCGAUGAUCAACGAAGAGGGCGGUAUCGAUCCCGAACAGUUCCGCAUGGAGGCGAUGUUCGACCGGAUGGACGCCGUGGGAAAGGGGAUCUUAGGGCUGACCAUUCAGUGCGCCCAGUGCCACAGCCAUAAGUACGAUCCGCUGACGCAGGAAGAGUACUACCGGAUGUUCGCCUUCCUGAACAAUUGCCACGAAGCCAACAUCGCCGUCUACACCGCGGCCGAACAAGAGCAACGCGACGCGCUGUUCGCCGAGAUGCAGGCCAUCGAAGAUGAAUUGCGGACGCAAUAUCCCGACUGGCCGCAGCGAUUGGCCGAGUGGGAAGCCAACGUGCGGGAAGACCAGCCGCAAUGGGUUGUGCUUCGUGCCGACGAAGCUGGAGUACCAACCGGCGGGCAGAAGUAUGAACUGUUCGAAGACGGUUCGAUCUUGGCCGAAGGUUAUGCUCCCACGAAGCACGACGCCAAGUUUACAAUUCGCACGGACGAAUCUCGAGUGACCGGUUUUCGUCUGGAGCUGCUUAACGAUCCAAAUCUCCCCCUGGGCGGACCGGGGCGAUCGAUUGAGGGCACCAGUGCGCUGACUGAGUUCGAAGUGGAAGCUGCCCCGGCCGACAAGCCGGAUGAGCGGAAGAAGAUCAAACUCGUGGCGGCCACCUCUGAUAUCAUUCUGCCUGCCACACCGCUCAAGAAGAUCUACGAUGACAAGGCCGACUCGAAACGGGUGACGGGCGGACCGGAGUUUGCCAUCGACGGUAAAGCCGAAACGGCCUGGGGUAUCGAUGCCGGGCCCGAGCGUCGCAACCUGCCGCGAAAGAUUGUGUUUGUGCCCGAGAGCCCGAUCGAAAACCCCGGCGGCACGGUCUUCACGUUCAAUCUCGUUCAGAAGCACGGCGGUUGGAACAGCGACGACAACCAGAACCACAACCUGGGGCGGUUCCGCCUCUCGGUCACUGCGGCCGAUAGUCCGGUGGCCGACCCGCUGCCUAAGAAAGUGCGCGAGAUCGUAACCGCCGGUCCGGAAGGCCGCAGCACAGACGACCUAGCCAAGGUGUUCAGCUACUGGCGCACGACCGUUCCGGAAUGGCAAGAAGCCAACGCCCGAAUCGAAACCCUCUGGCAGCUGCAUCCUCCUGGUUCAUCGCAGUUGGUGCUGCAAGCGCGGGACGAUCCGCGCGAUACGCACCUGCUGGAACGCGGCGAGUUUCUAAAGCCGGCCGAAGAAGUCGAGCCGGGCACUCCGGCGUUCUUGCACGAGAUGCACGAGAGCGAUGCACCGCCCCGGCUGGCGUUCGCGCGGUGGCUGGUCGAUCGACAGUCGCCAACCACGGCCCGUUCGAUUGUCAAUCGGGUGUGGCAGGCGUAUUUCGGUACCGGGUUGGUCAGCACCAGUGUCGACCUGGGCUCGCAGGCCGAAGCCCCUUCGCAUCCGGAGUUACUUGAUUGGCUGGCCGUUGAGUUCAUGGACAAUGGAUGGAGCCUGAAGAAGCUGCACCGGUUGAUCACCACGUCGGCCACUUAUCGGCAGUCGUCGCAUGUGAGCCCCGAGUUGCAGGAGAUCGAUCCGUACAAUCGCAUGCUGGCUCGCGGGGCGCGGUUCCGCGUGGCGGGCGAGAUCGUGCGGGACAUCGCGUUGGCCUCCAGCGGAUUGCUGACCCGCGAUAUUGGUGGCCCGAGUGUCUAUCCCCCGGCCCCUGAGUUCCUCUUCCAGCCGCCGGCCAGUUACGGCCCCAAGGUCUGGAACGAGUCGACGGGUGAAGACCGUUACCGCCGGGGCUUGUACACGUUCCGCUUCCGCUCGGUGCCGUAUCCGCCGCUGCAGGCGUUCGAUACCCCCAACGGCGACGCUUCGUGCGUACGGCGAAGUCAAUCGAACACGCCGCUGCAGGCGCUCACCACAUUGAACGAACCGCUGUUCCUCGAAUGUGCCCAGGCUCUAGCCGUAAACACCUUGCAAGAGGGUGGGGCGAACGACGACGAGCGACUGACGUAUGCGUUUCGUCGCUGUGUUGCCCGCGAGCCUGAGUCUCGCGAGCGGGAUGUACUGAUGGAAUUGCUUGCUGAACAAACUGCACGGUUCAACGCCGGAGAGCUGAACCCCGCUGGGUUGGCGUCUACGGCUUCGGCUGCCGAGCCACUUGCUGAGGAAAUCACCACCGCUGAGCUUGCCGCCUGGACGGCCGUCUCGCGGGUAUUACUCAACCUGGAUGAGACCAUCACGAAGCCGUAA